UUAUGUUCUUCGUCGGUCGACCAAAAUGCAGAGCAGCUCGGAGCGUACGCCAUGUACCUCUGGCAGUACGGAAUGAACCGAAAUCACGUCGGUAAUACCUACUUGACGAUCUGUGGGAAGCUCUGUGCUGUAAGAUGGUUCCAUCGCAACACAGUCGGCUAUGAUCCGGGCGUUAGCGCCAGUCACGCAAUCCUAUUGCGAGGAAUUCGUAGAUUCACUGAUCCAGUUGUGAAGCAGCAGCCCCUAUCGGCGAGGAUGCUUCGUGUUAUCUUCUGCGAGAUCAAUCUCACGCAGCCCCGCGAUCAACUGUUGUGGGGUGGGCUGCUUCUGGGGUAUUUCUUCUUACUCAGGCGCUCUGAGUAUUUUUUCAUCGGAAGAAAAGUCCGCUCGUAUGUCUUGCAGCUGUCAGCACUUCAGUUUUAUAGCCGCAAUGAAGAAGUCGUGAGCCCCAAGAAAGCGGUGGUGGUGGGCAUCACUCUCAGAGGGGCCCAAAACAAUGAAUUUGGUCGCGAAGAAGUGCGAUAUCAUUACAAAACGAAGGCCAAACUUAUUUGUCCAGUUCGAGCAGCCCGUUGGAUUGUCAAAGCAGCGAAGACCCUGGGAACCCGAGCUGAGGACUCAGCACUGGCAACGCGACACGGAGGAAUAACCGCCGGGGAUGUGUCGUCGGUGGUAAAGAGAGCAGCAUCGAGAAUGGGCCUCGAUCCAGCGAGAUUUUCGACUCAUUCUGUUCGCAUAGGGGGCGCUGACUAUCGAACGCAUUCGAAGACUACCCGGUGCUGUCAGCAAAAGGAACUGCUGGCCUCUCUCAGCAGAUGUGCUGACCUGGUAUAA